AUUAUAGAUAAAGGCGUGAUAGAUAGAUUGGUAGAUAUUACAUAUUCUCCCUAUUGUAUAGAUUCCCAUGUCAUGUUGUUUGUGGAACCCACUUGAUUGAAGCUUAGGAAUUAGGACUCACAUUUUUGCUGCUUUACUCCUACCCUUGUUUAACAAUGGAACACAACAGAAUAUAUAAUCUUUUCUUAGCUUCAAAGUUAAACAGGGUUGAAACUUGAUCUAAACUUGCACACUACUCUUCUUUCUUAGAUUUGAUCACAUAUAUAAUGACAAUGUGGUCCAAUUCAAUCCAAUCCAACACAUGCAUAAACAUUCUGUCAGGGUAAACAUAUGGAAGCGCUGAAGGGAUUCAAAUUAUGUGUUAUUUCGUUGCUUCUUUUUCUCAGUAGUACUCUUACUCAAAGCUUAAGCUCAACUGAAUUAGCAUUUGAUGACAGUGAAUAUGAAGAUUGGGAAAGCAAUCAUAUACCAACAAGUGAAAUGGAGGAAGCUGAAUGGAAGAUGGUGCAAAGGAAAGGAAAUCAGUUUGUGGUGAAUGAGCAACCUUUCUAUGUAAACGGAUUCAACACUUAUUGGUUGAUGGUAUUUGGUGCGGAUGAGUCCACAAGAGGAAAAGUCACUCAAGUUUUCAAACAUGCAUCCUCUGUUGGUAUGACAGUUUGUAGGACUUGGGCCUUCAAUGAUGGCCAGUGGAGAGCUCUUCAAAAAUCUCCAUCGGUUUAUGAUGAAGACGUAUUCAAGGCUCUGGAUUUUGUGAUAAGUGAAGCAAAGAAAUACAGAAUCAGGCUCAUAUUAUCAUUGGUUAACAACUGGGAAUCAUAUGGUGGCAAAGCACAGUAUGUGAAGUGGGGCAAUGCUGCUGCUGGCCUUAACUUGACCUCCGAUGAUGAAUUCUUUUCACAUCCAACUCUCAGAGGCUAUUACAAGGACCAUGUCAAGACGGUGCUCAAUAGAGUUAACACAUUCACAAAUGUCACUUAUAAGGAAGAUCCAACAAUUUUUGCUUGGGAGCUAAUGAAUGAACCUCGAUGCACCUCUGACUCCUCAGGUGAUAAGUUACAGGAAUGGAUAAAAGAGAUGGCAUUCUAUGUGAAGAGCGUUGAUCCAAAACACCUAGUGGAGAUUGGCCUGGAAGGAUUCUAUGGCCCCUCAACACCUCAGAGAUUUCAGUUCAACCCAAAUUCAUAUGCUCAGCAGGUUGGAACAGAUUUUAUCAGAAACCACCAGGUUCUAGGUGUCGACUUCGCUUCUGUUCAUAUAUAUCCAGACUCUUGGAUUUCACAAUCAAUUGCGGAUACCCAUAUCCCAUUUGUUAAGUCUUGGAUGGAAGCCCACAUGGAGGAUGCUGAAAAGUAUCUUGGAAUGCCAGUUGUUUUUGGUGAGUUUGGUGUAUCUGCAAAAGACCCUGGCUAUAAUUCAACAUAUAGAGAUACACUAAUAAAUACUGUGUACAAGACCAUCCUAAACUCUACAAAGAAAGGAGGUAGUGGGGCUGGAAGCCUUUUGUGGCAACUCUUUCCCGAUGGAACGGAUUACAUGGAUGACGGGUAUGCCAUUGUUCUCUCAAAAGCUCCUUCUGCGUCAAGCAUGAUAUCUCUUCAAUCCACAAGGCUUGCCCUAUUCAACUCCCUCUGCUCUGAGAGAUGCCACUGGGGUUGUAAGAAGAAAAAAGUGUUGAGAAAAGUACUCUAUCACGAUGAGCUUUAACACCAUGUAUCUGGAAAGUUGCCAGUUAGUUGUAUAAACAUGCUUGUCUCAGGAAGCAUAUGCAAGAGUAUCAGCUUCAGUUUGUAAAUGAUACAACAAAGAAAGCUAAGAGUGAAGAUAAAUAUAGGGAUUCACUAUAAUAUUCUGUUUGUAUUGA